GUGGGAGGCAGACAGACACCCACACGCGCGCACACUCACUACAUCACACAAACAGAGAGUGAGAGAAAAGGGAAGCAGGAGAAGAGGAAACAGUUCAGCUUUGUUUUUUUUCCCCCUCCUGUUUGGCAUGGAACUGUAUCCAUUUUUCACAGGAAUCUGAACCUCUGCCAAAGGAAAGGCGCAAAAAGGAAAAGAAAAUGAAGGACUUUGUAGAGUCAGUGGAACUGGGGGUCUCCCAGCGGAGCGCAGUGGAGCUAAAACGACCCAAAGUUUGGCUGAGGAGUGAACUCUCACGAGUGGGACUCGCUGAAUUCCUUUCAACAUAUGUGAUGAUGGCAUUAGGUCUUGGUUCUGUGGCCCAGGUCGUGACCGGUCAAGGAGUAUUCGGACAGUACCUUAGCAUCAACCUUGGCUUUGGGCUGGCUGUCGCAAUGGGGGUUCAUGUUGGAGGAAAUGUCUCUGGAGCUCAUAUGAACGGAGCAGUCUCCUUCACUAUGUGUGUUUUUGGCCGCCUACAGUGGAAGAGGCUGCCCUUGUAUAUUUUCGUACAGCUUUGCGGUUCGUUUCUUGCAGCAGCAACAAUUUAUGCUAUUUACUACGAGGCCAUUUAUGACUAUUGUGGGGGAAACCUGACUGUAAGUGGUGAAAGGGCCACAGCUGGGAUCUUUGCCACAUAUCCGGCACCAUACCUGUCCUUGAUUGGUGGCUUUGUUGACCAGGUGUUUGGCACAGCCAUGCUGCUGCUGUGCCUGAUGGCUCUAUCUGACCAAAAGAACAAACCAGCAGCCAGGGGGGCUGAACCCAUUGCUGUGGGUCUCCUGGUGGUUCUCAUUGGCCUUUCUUUGGGCAGCAACAGUGGUUAUGCUAUCAACCCCACCCGAGACAUCGCACCAAGGGUCUUCACUGCCAUUGCAGGCUGGGGAUGGGAAGUGUUCAGGUCUGGACAUGGGUGGUGGUGGGUCCCUCUAGUAGCUACUCCCAUUGGAGGAGUGCUGGGAGCAGGGUUGUACAAGGCAUUUGUAGAAAUGCACCACCCCCUCUUCGCUGGACGGGAUAGGGAGCCCAGUGAGGAGGAGUCUCUCCCGCUGAAGAAAGAGCGAAACAUCUGCUCUGAUGUAUGUGUGAAACCUGACACAAAUGGAAACAACUAAACUAGGAGCUUGUACAGCUGUGAAGAUCUGAGCAUGUGGGUGAAACAUCCCUGGAGCGAUAACUAAAGCUGCUAUACAUAGUCAUACUCAUAAACAAUUAGAUCAACCUGUGAUUUUUUUUUUUUUACUGCUCGCUUAUCAAUGGUAAUUUUAAACCAUACAGAAAUUUAAAUAUUUCAAACAAAGAUCAUAGACGUUUCUAUGCGACACAGACGUGUAAA